AUGGGCCAGCGUCAUAAGGUCUUAGAGACUGACAACCCAACCGCAAAAUUUCUCUACACUAUCAUCAAGCAAUUAGACUUGAAAUCGGUGAGCUUCCGCCAACAUAUCGCUCUAGUAUUCAAGAACAGUUCUAAUCACCUCAAGGGGGGUGACCAGGGCAAAAGAAAGUCGAAGAAAGGCAAAACAGUGGAACCCCAGCCGGAAAAGCAAGCAGUUUCCCCGAUGGAUCUAUCUAUGAUGCCCAAGAUGGAGCCCAUGGACUCAUCUUUGCACAGCACUCCGUUUUUCAAAAGCGAGCCGAGAAUCCAAGGGUACCCAGGCAUGCAGGAGUUUGCGAAUUAUCCUCCCCAGUCAAUUUCCGACAACAGUAUACCGUCGUACCUCUACCUGCCACAAGACUUUGCAUCAAGGGGGUUCCAAUAUGCGUCGAGAAUGCCAUCUGGGCUACCAUUGGUCAGCUCGGGGACAUCUUCCAUGAACCCAUACGGAUCACCAGAUAUUUCAACCAGCUAUCCAUAUGCAUUGACAAGAGGACAAGCAGGCUUUGACACGCAGGAUUUUGGAAUGCAGCUGCCCUUAUCUAGCUUUGGUCCAACCAUCAGUUGGGAGCCCCGGCCGUCUUCUCAUGAGGUUCUUCAGAUCGUGAAACUCGAAGAAGGGCAAUCGAGUAAGGCGGGAGCCUUGGAUCUCGACGAUCAAUUUAACAAACUGCCCAUUCAACCCGCGGACCGUUCCAUGGACGACAUUAUUGAUCUUCCUGACCACCACACUCAAUAUCCCAUUCAACGCCCCGCUCAAAGCUUUACCAACCCUCAAAUCAACCCAACUGCUCACCACCAAGCUCAAAGCAUUGUUGAUCGCUACCCUGACCACGCUCAACAGCAGACCCAAAACACCACUGAUCCCCACGCUCAACAUCCCAGUCAGCGCCCCGCCCAAAACCAGAAUAAUCGUCACGUCGAUCUAUCCGCUCAACUCCUGGCUCAUCAGAUGGCUGAUCACAAUCCUCAUCUCGUUCAAGAGCAGGCCGAGGAAAUCGGUGACAAUCGGGUUGACACCCCAGAUCAACGCCAAACUCAACCUAAGGCUCAAAAUCCGGCUCCAAGUCCUGUCAAACACUCAGUUGACCGGUCCGCUCAGACACCUGAUCCGCGACCUGUUGAGAUUUCCGUUCCAAUAACCUCUCAACAGCCUCUUCUGGAGCUUGCUCAGCCUGUCCAGCAACCCGUUCAGCAGCAUAUUCAACAGACUGCUCAGACACCAGACCAGAAUUCCACCCUGAAACUAGCUCAGUACCCACUUCAACAACCCGUCCAGCAGCCCGUUCAAACACCCACUCAAGAACCUGCUCGAAAACCUGCUCAAAACCCUGCUGCUCAAGAAAUCGACGAUGGGCAAAUUGACUACCCCUUCCGGUACACAGUGCAACAGUCAGCCCAAAACGCUGUAGGCGAGCCUGUUGAUAACCUCGUUGAUUGCCGGAGCGAUGAGUCCAACUAUCAGCCAUGUCAGCUAACAGAGCAAGGACCGACAGAACAGAGGGCAGUCGUCCAACUUGAGACAACCCAAGAUUGA